AUGCAAAUAGAGAAGAAGCCAGAAGAAUGGACGGACGCAAUGAGUGUAGAUCAAUUAGAAGACUUAUCUACGUGUAUUCAUAAAGAAGAAAUACUUAAAGGCCUUGAAGAGGAAUUCAGAAGGGGACUAAAUGAAGUAAGAAAAGCAAACAAGACUAAAAACACGGUAAGUAAAGAGGAUAGAAUAUAUAAGGACAUAUACGUAUUAAAGAAAGGCCGCUCUGCCUGGGAAGAUAUCAGAAGUAAUUCGAUUAAUAAUACUCCUAUUAUUACAUUUGGUCCAAUUUUAUAUCCACCCGAGAACAGGAAGGCUGCGUAUAAAAUCAACCUUAAAGAGCCAAUUGUAUUCUUCAACGUAUCAAAUGGUCAUCUUCUAUCUGUGAGUGAGAGGGGAACCAUUAAAAUUUUCGGCAUUUCUCAGAACUGUUUCUUAGAAAAAUCCUGGGAAAUACCAAACCAUUUAUUCGGAUUUCUAGUCAGAACCAAUGCAAUACCUCUCUGUGUGGCUGAUACACUAAGCAGGGUUUUAAUACAAUUAUACUGCAAGAAGAUAAAGGAUAUGGAAAAAGUAUUUGAAGAGUUAUUAUGUUUCUCUAAGGCAGUUCUAGUGAAGAAAGCCUUCUUCUUUAAUGGAUAUUUAUGCUUAGUCUCAUCAUUUGGUGAAAUGCAAAUAUUUGAUGAAACAUUAAGAGAGAUCCCCAUAGGAAAGAAUUUAAAACCAAUUAUUCGGUCUAUAUUAAGAGAACCCUCAGAGAAAAAAGAGCAUGUUAAUGCAAUGGUAUCUGGUGAGAAAGUAAUAAAUCUUAAAAUGAUCACAAUGAAAGUAUCAAAAAAGAAGGUUAAGAUGAUUUACUCUAAGAAGAGUAUUUAUGAAGAAAUUACUUUCACAAAAAAUGAGCAAGUAGUGUACACCGAUAAUAUUUUGUUUUUAAAGGAGAAGAGCAGUAUACAUGCAAUUAUUCUGGAAUAGCCC